UCAUUUUGCAAGUAUUUACUAUUCCUCCCAUGUAGAAGUUUAUAGAGUUUUAAGGCCCAUCUCUUUUUUAGGUUAUGGAUCUAAGCUAAGGUGGAUGCCAUCAUUUUAAACGUGUUUGUUCAUGCAGCAAGCUUGGAGCGUGAGACAUGGUGUGGGCUGAACAACUUCUUAGCAUGUAUAUCAAGUGGGCCAAAAAGCAAGGUUAUAGGGGUAGACUUGUCGAGAAGAACCUUUCUGCGGAUGGUGGUAUCAAGUCAGCGACUAUUGAGUUUGAAUUUGAGUAUGCUUAUGGUUAUCUUUCGGGAGAGAGAGGUGUCCAUUUCAUGAUAAGAAGUUCUCAAAAGGGAUCUGUUCACCGUGAGGUUAGCGCAGUAGGUGUGGAUGUUGUUCCUGUUUUCCUCGGAUCAACUCCUGACAUCCAAAUCUGUGAUGAGGAUUUGAUUCUUUCAUCCCCUCUGUUGCUUGAAGAAAAUAAGAGCCUGAGUGGAUAUACGGUUUGCAUUCAGCAUAUCCCUACUGGCAUAACUGUCCAAUCUUCAGGUGCUUAAUUUUCUAUCAGAAGU